AGGCUAUGGAGUAAAUAUUACAGACUAGUAUUACACACUAAUGGCUUUGUAACUGCACUAUUAGCUAUAUUACAUAUAUUACAUAUAUUACAUACACACUCUACACAACAUUGCCACCAUGUUUUACAUGUUUAUUUUUUCAUUUUACUGUCUAUUGCGCUCGUAACGGGGAUACAAUGAGAGUUAACACCAGGCUUUGUUCAUUCCUCUGUUAACUGUUAGCUUAAGUGCUUUAAAGCAGGUCGGUUAUUCAGACGCCGUUAUUUAACCGGAUUGUUUACAUUGAAACGGUUUCUGAUGGAUGAGGAUGGAGGACAGAACCAGAGCUCACAUGCACUGCGAAAUCGGAGAAGAAAACCUGAAAAGCUGCUUGAAACAUCAGACAGUAGGAACGGAUUAUGUUUAAACCGGAGUAAAAAGGACCUUAAACUGGUUUAUGGUAACAGUCCCGGUGUAGCAGUGUUUUCUUUACUCACAGUGCUGUUGCUGUCUGUGUUUACCCGCUUCUAUAGACUCACAGAGCCGCCUCAUGUCUGUUGGGAUGAAACCCACUUUGGGAAGAUGGGCAGCUAUUAUAUUAACCGCACUUCUUUCUUUGACGUUCAUCCACCACUUGGCAAGAUGCUGAUUGGCCUUGCGGGAUACCUGACAGGCUAUGAUGGCACCUUUCCAUUCAUCAAACCAGGGGACAAAUAUGAGCAUCACAACUACUUGGGAAUGAGAGGGCUUUGUGCAGCUCUCGGCUCCUGUCUGCCACCCUUGGCCUUCCUGAUAGUGUUUGAGAUUUCCGGUUCUACCACAGCAGCUCUUAUUGCAGCUUCACUGCUAAUUUUUGAUACUGGGUGUAUCACCCUCUCACAGUACAUCCUGCUGGAUCCCAUCCUAAUGUUUUUCAUUAUGGGAUCUGUACUGAGCAUGGUCAAAUUCAAUCGGCAAAGAUUCAGGCCCUUCAGCUGGUCUUGGUGGCUGUGGCUGCUUCUGACAGGAGUAAACCUGGCUGGCUCUCUGGGGGUGAAGUUUGUUGGACUGUUUGUUAUCUUAUUAGUGGGCAUUAACACAGCAUGGGACCUCUGGAAGCUACUGGGAGACACCCAUCUGGCUCCGGUGGAUUUUUUCAAGCACUUUUCUGCUCGAGUGUUUGGGUUGAUAUUGCUCCCCUUGCUCCUCUACACUACAAUAUUUGCUGUCCAUUUUGUCGUCUUAAACAGAAGUGGUCCAGGAGAUGGAUUCUUCAGCUCUGCUUUCCAGUCUCGUCUGACUGGAAACAACCUGCACAAUGCCACCAUGCCAGAAUACCUGGCUUAUGGCUCUGUAGUUACUGUGAAGAACCUGCGGAUAGCUGGCGGUUAUCUCCAUUCCCACUGGCAUCUUUACCCGGAGGGGGUCGGAGCCCAACAGCAGCAGGUCACUGCCUACCUGCACAAAGACUAUAACAACCUGUGGCUGGUCAAGAGACCUGACAGUGAUGAUCACACAGAGACUCCAGAACUUGUUCGACAUGGGGACAUCAUUCGCCUGGAGCAUAAAGAAACAACACGGAACCUGCACAGUCACCUCCAUGAGGCGCCACUGACCAAGAAGCACCUUCAAGUCACAGGCUACGGUUUUAAUGGUACAGGAGAUUCCAAUGACCUCUGGCAGGUGGAGGUGUGCGGGGGAAAGAAGGGUGAGCCCGUGAAGGUUCUGCGAAGUAAAGUACGCUUCUUACAUCGGUCCACUGGCUGUGUGCUCUAUUCCUCAGGAAAGACACUCCCAAAGUGGGGCUGGGAACAAGUAGAGGUCACGUGUAGUCCAUAUGUAAAGGAAACUCCAAACUCUCAGUGGAACAUUGAGGAUCACAUCAACUCCAAGUUGCCCAACAUAAGCUUGUGUGUGCUCAAGCCUUCUUUCCUGGAGAUCCUUCUAGAAUCUCAUAUCGUCAUGAUCAGAGGAAACAGUGGCUUAAAACCCAAGGACAAUGAAGUUCACUCUAAACCUUGGCACUGGCCCAUUAACUAUCAGGGCUUGAGAUUUUCUGGCGUGAAUGAGACAGAGUAUCGUGUGUAUCUUUUAGGAAACCCUGUAAUCUGGUGGUUAAAUCUGUUCACUUUGGUUCUGUACAUCAUUAUGGUGUCUGUGUGCUCCUUGGCCUUAAAGCGAGGAGCUAAAAUAGAGGGAGAGAUAAAAGCAAGCUGCCAGAUUCUACUGGAAGGUGGUGUGAUGCUUUUCUUGGGCUGGCUGUUACAUUACCUGCCGUUCUACAUUAUGGGUCGCAUUCUUUACUAUCAUCACUACUUCCCUGCUAUGCUGUUCAACAGUAUGAUUACAGGUAUAACACUGGACACAAUUCUACAGAAUGCUGACCUGCUGUUUAGUCCAAUUAUUUCAAAGUGCAUUUUAACACUAGGUCAAACAGCUCUCCUUUUCGGAAUCCUCUACAGCUUCUACUUGUUUCACCCCCUCUCCUAUGGCAUGAGGGGUCCUCUUGCUCAUGAUCCUGCCUCCUCAAUGGCUGGACUCAGAUGGUUGGACUCCUGGGAAUUUUAACAUAUUGUGAA